GGGAGUUUUUUAAAUGCUGUAUAAAGUACCGACUAAACCAUUCACUUACACUAGAUGAUCAUUGUUAAAAAUCAGCUUCCUCUGAAAGACAUUCCGUCUGCCUCACUGAGCAUGAUGCAUGUCUCAACGACAAGAUGGCAUUAUGACGAAGCUGAAAUUCGUGAAAAUUACGACGACGACGCUUUGCCUUUCGAAACUAAUUUCACUUUCCAGAACACGUUCCUCUUCUAUAGCGUGUUUGUUACAAACAAUUCCAACCAUUCUCUAGAUCAUUUUCAUGAUGUUGCACUCCUGGCUAAUGAUGUUGCAUAUCUCAACAGCAUUGUCUACGGAAUAUUGUUCCCAGUGUUAGUAACCUUAGGAUUUAUUAGCAAUAUUUGUAACCUAAUUGCCUUAACUCAAACUCCAAAAAUGCAUAAAAUUCCGUACUUGUUCAUUCGGGCUCGAGCGAUAACGGACAUGAUUGUUAUUGUUCUCAUAAUUCCCUUCAUGAUCCACAUGACUAAGAAAACUAGGACCUGGAAUAACCCCGUGAGUGUUUUUUAUCAUGCCCACCUAGAACUGUGGAUCAUAAACGCAUUCAUCGGUGCCAGCACUUUGUACGUUGUGGGUCUAACAAUUGAAAGGUACAUUUCUGUCUGCAAACCCUUUUCAGCCCAUUCGCAGAAAAGUAGUUCCAAAAGGGUGUUGGCAGUAGUGAUCAUGCUGCCGUUCGUGUCCGUUGCCUUUCACGUUCCUUAUUAUUUCGACUCGGUGAUUGUCCACAAACUGGAAAAUUACGACAACGGUACGUCCUAUUCAUUUCACUACGAUUCCCAUACUCACGACUCAGUCUACUUCAAAAUCUAUUUGGUGUUUUUAGAGGUCUUGUUCCGUGUCGGACCUACUGCAGCGGUGGUAAUGUUAAAUAUUCUCAUCCUUGUCAGCUAUAAAAAGUUUCUCCAGAAACGAUCAGAAUUAACGAAUAGGAAAAACAGCGCAAGUCAUCACCGUCAGAAAGAAGAGGAAAGAAGACUUUUUUUCCUUCUGGGAGGAACCUCGUUGCUGUAUAUCAUUUGCACUACGCCAUCAGCUGUCCUUUCGUUAAUCAUCAGUGACCAGUUCAAUAAAGUAUUCGCUUUUCAGUUGUUUCGGACAAUCGCAAAUUCUCUCGAACUGACCAAUAACGCUAUUACCUUCGUAAUUUACACGCUGUUUUCACUCGACUUUCGGAAAGCAUUCCUGCAGGCCAUUCGUCUCAAAGACCAAACUAAUGUAAUUCACCCAACUAACUGAUGAUAUACCAUAAACAUCUAUUCUGAAAAUUGUCAUGUUUGAUUAUGAGACGUAUCCGUUCAUCAACAGCUUGAUCAACAUGUGUAGUUUGCGGAUCAUUUGAAACAAGUACAUGUUACGCAAUGAAAGAAUGUCACAUCAACAAGAAAGUUGCAAAAUGAUUACCAUAAUAAUGAACUCUUUAUGAUAUUACGUAUAGCAAGGUGCGUUACGUGUGAAAAG